AGAUCCUCGGAAAGUGACACUGAUAUGCUUUCCCCACUAAUCCAAAUGCUCCUCCUCCAAUAUUACCUCCAUGCCUAGCCGAAAUCUCCAAUCACCAAGCCCCCGGUUUCACCUUCCUGUGGGUAGGCUCUCUAGGUUUGCAGCAGCUGCUGUGCCUGUCUUCGCCAGUUCCCUGUUUCACUUUCAUCCAUCCCGUCGCCGAGCAAGCUGCAGGUUUCUGAGCACCUCCUGAACUAAUUAAUCAUCCAUCCCCCAUGGCUCCCAUGGGGCCUUGAUGCUGCCUGCUCCGCGCCGCGGCCGGGCUCCACGUCUCUGUCCCCGGGAGCCGCCGCCCACGAGAUGCUUCUAGAGCGACUGAGUGAGGAGCUGAUGGUCCUGCCGCGGUCCUUCUCGCGCCGCGUCCCUUGCAUGCUCCUGCGGGCCGUCGUCGUGCUGUCCGCGCUGCUCGCCGCCGCGCGCGCCGCGUUCGUCCCGACGGACAGCUACCUCGUGCUCUGCGGCACGGCGGCGAGCGCCACCGUCGGCGGGCGGACGUUCGUCGGGGACGCCACCCUGCCGGGCUCGGUGCUGUCGGCGCCGCAGAGCGCCGGGGCCAACGCGUCGGCGGGAGCGGCCAACGCCUCCUCCGGCGAGGCGGAGCUGUACCGGUACGCGCGCGUGUUCCCGGCGCCGUCCACGUACACGUUCGCGAUCAAGAGGCCCGGUCGCCACUUCGUGCGCCUCCACUUCUUCCCCUUCCCGUACCAGUCGGGGGACCUCGCCGCGGACGCCAGGUUCAGCGUGUCCGUGCAGGGCGUGGUGCUCACCGACGGGCCGUACGCGCCCGCCAACGGCACGGCCACGGUCAGGGAGUUCUCGGUGAACGUCGCCCGCGGCACGCUGGCGAUCGCGUUCACGCCGACGGGCAAGGUGGCGUUCGUCAACGCCAUCGAGAUCGUCUCGCACCCCGACGACCUCUUCGCCGGCACGGCGCAGACGGUGAACCCCCUGGGCCAGUACACCGGGCUGUCCACGCAGGCGCUGGAGACGAUCCACAGGAUCAACAUGGGCACUCCCAAGAUCACGCCCAGCAACGACACGCUGUGGAGGACAUGGCUUCCCGACGAGACCUUCCUGGUCGACCGCACCGUCGCGGUGCCCAUGGACGUGGCCCCCAAGACGGUCCAGCGCACGCCGGGCUUCGCCACCCCGGAGGCGGCGCCGGACAUGGUCUACGCGACGGCGAGGGAGCUCAACAAGGCUCUAAUGGACAGCACCAUAAGCGCGCAGUUCAACAUGACGUGGAGAUUCCCAUCCACGCCGGGGUGGGCGUACCUGCUCCGGCUCCACUUCUGCGACAUCGUCAGCAAGGCGGCGAACCAACUGGCAUUCAACGUGUACGUCGGCGGGUGGUCCGUGCUCUCCAACUACGAGAUCGCCAACAAGGACACUUUCGGCUCGCUGGCCGUGCCGUUGUACAAGGACUUCGUGCUGAGCGCCAAGGACGCGAUGGGCAACAUCACCGUGAGCGUCGGGCCGGCGACGGGACUGGGCAACAUGGAUCCGGACGGCCUCCUCAACGGCCUCGAGAUCAUGAGAAUAGUCGGGAGCACAGGCGGCGGCGGCGACCCCUCGUCGCAGAGCCGUUCGAAGAAAAUCAUCGCUGGAAUCGUCGCCGGCUCGGCGGUCGCGGUGGUCACGGUGGUGAUGGCCGUCGCGUUCCUUGUCCUCAGGGCGCGGCGACGGAAGAAGCCGGAGAAGAAGCCGUCGAGCACCUGGGCCGCGUUCUCGGCGAGCGCGCUGGGCUCCCGCAGCUUCGGCAAGAGCAACAGCGGCGGCACCAGGAACAACACGGUGACGCUCGGGCAGAGCGCCGGCGCCGGGUACCGGUUCCCCUUCGCGGCGCUGCAGGAGGCAACGAGCGGGUUCGACGAGGGCAUGGUCAUCGGCGUCGGCGGGUUCGGGAAGGUGUACAAGGGCACGCUGCGGGACGACACGCGAGUGGCCGUGAAGCGCGGCAACCGGCGGUCGCGGCAGGGGCUCAACGAGUUCCGCACGGAGAUCGAGCUGCUCUCCCGGCUGCGCCACCGCCACCUGGUGUCGCUCAUCGGCUACUGCGACGAGCGCGGCGAGAUGAUCCUGGUGUACGAGUACAUGGCCAGGGGCACGCUCCGGAGCCACCUCUACGACUCGGAGCUGCCUCCCCUGUCGUGGAAGCAGAGGCUCGAGGUCAGCAUCGGCGCCGCCAGGGGCCUGCACUACCUCCACACGGGCUCGGGGGCCAAGGCGAUCAUCCACCGGGACGUCAAGUCGGCCAACAUCCUCCUCGACGACAGCUUCAUGGCCAAGGUCGCCGACUUCGGGCUGUCCAAGACCGGGCCGGAGCUGGACAAGACGCACGUCAGCACCGCCGUCAAGGGCAGCUUCGGGUACCUCGACCCGGAGUACUUCCGGCGGCAGAUGCUGACGGAGAAGUCCGACGUCUACUCCUUCGGCGUCGUCCUGCUCGAGGUGCUCUGCGCCCGCCCGGUGAUCGACCCCACGCUCCCCCACGACAUGGUGAACCUCGCGGAGUGGGCCACGAAGCGGCUCAAGAACGGCGAGCUCGACAGCAUCGUCGACCAGCGGAUCGCCGGGACGAUACGGCCGGAGUCGCUCAAGAAGUUCGCGGACACCGCGGAGAAGUGCCUCGCCGAGUACGGCGUGGAGCGGCCCGCCAUGGGAGACGUGCUCUGGUGCCUCGAGUACGCGCUGCAGCUGCAGGAGGCGUCGCCGGACAGCUCCGGCACGGACGACACGAAGCUCGUUCCCGAGUACCAGCGCAACCUGUCGACCGCCAGCGAUGGGUCUGCCAGCACCAUGUCCGCGAAUUUGGGGGACCUCGAUGGCAUGUCCAUGAGGAGAGUCUUCUCAAAGAUGAUCAAGAGCGAGGAGGAUCAUCGUCUGCACAAAGAGGAAUCUCUCACAGCUAAUCCGAACAGGGCACUGCAACAAGCAUACACUGAGCAACAUAUGUCAACACUAACAGCAGGCAUAUAAAGUGCAGCAUUAGAGGUAAAAAGGCAAACAUGCUGUAUCUCCAGCACGUUCACAAUACCAACUUCCGUUACAACGAAUAAAUGCAGUCUGUUCACCUUGCGAUC